ACAGUAGCAAAAAAGAAAAAAAGCAACAACUGGUUUCUUUUGUAUUCUUAUCACGCCUCAUCACUACGACUAAUUUAAAUCCAUAGACCCCAUUCAUUGAUUGAUUGAAUAAAUAAUUCUUAACGAAGAAGCAAUCAUUUAUCAAUCUCUCCAAGUCUCGAUUUCUCAUACUAGCGAUAGAUCGAGGCGUUGAUCGUAUGUGGUAGUAGUUUCUUUUUGGAUCAGUGGGUUUUUGGAAUGGAGAAAGUUUCAUCGCCGUCUUCUUCUUCUUCUUCUUCUUCACGGAGGUCUGCUUAUCUUGAAGCUCUUACACAGGAGAUUAAGAAGAAGCUUACUCGGGCUGUUGUCUCUCCAGCACAAACACGCAACUUGUUGCAAGACUUAUUUGCUGAUAUAGCUCUCGAAGUCGACGAAAGAGCGAAAGAUGUGAUCCUUAGCAAAGAAGAGGAUGUGAUUUCUUCUGUUGAAGCAGAUGUAGAUGGUCCAUUAUGCUUUUUCGAUGUCCUUGCUGAUUAUUAUGUGAAAGUGUCUGAGAGGGGAAAAGAUAUACUUGAUUUAAUGGUGCAGCUCUGGAGCCAGUCCUUUGCAUCACAUAUAUUCUCUCUACUGUUUCAUAAAUGGCUGUUUGAGGUUGAGCUUGAGAAUCAAGAAAUACUCCUGCGCUAUUCUUCAGCUCUGGUGCAGGGAGCAACAAAUGUGUUCUGGAUAGACAUCCAGACAAAUACGAGGCGCUUCCAAAGUCUCUUUCGGUAUCUUCUUGAGGAAGUUGCUUUGGAGCAGAUGCGAUUGAAAAAAAUUCCCAUUCAGGCACAGAGGGAACUGUAUCUCUUACUCUCUAGGUUCAUUUUCUUUUACAAUUCAGUGGAUAAACUCGAUAGCUUCUUGAGGAACUUCCCAGAGUUUCCAAAUGCUUUCUUGAUUGGAGGACCCGGAGAUUUCCUUGUUAUUGAACUAACGGAUCAGCUGCAAAAACUGAAGGUGGAACCAGUACUGCUACAUUAUCUUUCUCAGAUGAAGAUUCUUCAAGGUAUGGAACUGAGAAUGACCACUAGCACAAGGUUAAAGGCGUGUUUAUACAGUUUUACCUCUCCUGGAGGUCCAAUGUACCCGACAAGAGCCGUCCGUCAUGCAGCCUGGGAUGCUUUGGAUUCCCUCUUUCCUGUGGGGCGUUACCCAAGGCAUCUCAUUAGUCUAUUUUUCAGGCUGCUAUAUCCGUGGUACUGGCCAUCCUCAUGCUGGAACUUUGUGGUUCUUGCAUCAACGACGCUAUUAUAUUCUAUCGUAAGGCUCAUCUUUUCACGGAGAGUUAACCCAAGGCAGAGCU